GCUGUGCCUACAGGUCACUCCCUCCUCCGUACUGUCAGCAGCUCCCUACGCUGUUCAAACUUGGCAGUCGCGUUCAACAAGUCGAGGCUCCUGCCGUCGUUUGCCAUAUGUUUGAGUUUUUAAACCGAAAACAGCUUUUAGUAAUGUGUUGAAGUCUGCGUCGCGGUCGCUUUCCAGCGGGAGGAAUUACCGUGUUUUGUUCGAUUGAAGAGCGGCGGCAGGAGGAGGAAAUGUCCAGCUGAGGACUGGAAAUCCUGAGAACCACUGGGCCUGUUUUUGUAAUGAUUGAUCCAUGCCCUGAUAAUGGCGGUAACGGCACAGGUUUUGUACGACUUUACUGCUGAGCCCGGAAACAAUGAGUUGUCGGUGAAAGAAGGCGAGACCCUCACUAUCACCAAUAAGAAUAUUGGAGGUGGCUGGAUCGAAGCACAGAACUCUAGAGGGGAGGUCGGACUCGUGCCUGAAGACUAUAUCGAGUUCAGUAAGCACGGCUCUUCUUUCCAACCACCGGCAGCCCCAGCGCCUACUCACAGCGUCGGAAAUGUUGCACCUACGGACCUAGUCCUCUUUGAUGCAUAUGCACCUGCAUCAACACCGGCGCUGAACCAGGUGGAAGCUGGGGGCUUGAGUCCCCAGCCCGAAACCCCCAACACCCCAGUUACCCCCUACCUUUCAUCCCCCGACGAGGCCAGUAAUGGCAACGACCCCUGGUCGGCGUGGAACACGGACACUUCGGGGGGCACCAACAACAACUGGGCGGCCAAUCCCGAGGGCACCCAGACGGGGAAGGCUGCUGCCGACCCCUGGAGCGCGGUACCUCAGGGCCACCCUCAGGCUUACCAAGGCCCAGGGGCAGAUUACGAUGAGUGGGAUGACGAAUGGGAUGACGUGAAGUCCACCGGCGGUUAUGCUGAAUCCGAGGGCGGAGAAGGCGGAGGGAUACAAAGAGGCGGAGUUCACGCGUCCACAAUGAAAAUCUCCCUCAACAAGUUCCCUGGAUUCUCCAAGUCUGGUCCGGAGCUCUACCUCCUUUGCAAGCAGCUUGCUAAGGGCAAAGAGAAGCUACCGAUUUAUAUGGGCGAAGUCGGCCCAGUGUGGCUUUACCCAGAAUCCCAGCUAGACUGUGUGGUAGCUGAUCCCAAGAAAGGCUCGAAGAUGUACGGCCUCAAGAGCUACAUCGAGUACCAAAUCACGCCCAACACCACAAACCGACCAGUCAAUCACAGAUACAAGCACUUUGACUGGUUGUACGAGAGGCUCCUGGACAAAUUUGGGUCAGCCAUCCCUAUCCCUUCUUUACCCGACAAGCAGGUGACAGGACGGUUUGAGGAAGAGUUCAUCAAGAUGCGUAUGGAGCGGUUGCAGGGUUGGAUGACCAGGAUGUGCAGGCAUCCUGUCGUCUCCAACAGCGAGGUGUUUCAGCUUUUCCUCACCUACAAGGACGAGAAGGACUGGAAGAUGGGAAAGAGAAAAGCAGAGAAGGACGAGACAGUGGGAGUGAUGAUCUUCUCCACGAUAGAGCCUGAAGCUCCGGACAUGGAUCCUAUAGAAGUGGAACAGAAAUGCGAACAGUUCAGCAGGUUUACCAAAUCCAUGGAUGACGGGGUGAAGGAAAUCCUGACAGUGGGACAGGAGCACUGGAAGAGAUGCACAGGCCCUCUGCCAAAGGAGUACCAGAGAAUUGGCAAAGCCUUCCAAAACCUCUCCUCUGUCUUCACCAGCAGUGGAUACCAAGGUGAGUCAACUCUGACUGACGCCAUGACAGCUGCCGGAAAGACUUAUGAAGAAAUAGCGCAGAUGGUUGCAGAACAGCCCAGGAAAGACCUCCACUUCCUCAUGGAAACCAACAAUGAAUAUAAGGGUCUCCUUGGAUGCUUCCCAGACACCAUUGGAGUUCACAAGGCAGCCAUAGACAAAGUGAAGGAGGGUGACAAGCUGGUAGCCGCCGGUAAAAUUAACUCUCAGGAAAAAGGCACCAUGGCUAAACGUGUCAGCGUCAUGUCUUAUGCAUUACAAGCUGAGAUGAACCACUUCCACAGCAACCGUAUCUAUGACUACAACAGGGUCAUGCAGUUGUACCUGGAGGAGCAAGUCAAGUUUUACGAGACGAUUGCUGCAAAGCUGAGACAAGCGCACAGUCAGUUCACUACUAUGUGAAACCAACCACGGGCAGUCUCGCACUACAAGACAAGAAGAGUUUAACCAGUUCAACAUCCAUACGUUUUUUUUUUGUUUUUUGUUUUUUUGUGCUUAUUCUGCAUUCUUCUCUCUCCGUUUAAUUUAAACUUUCACUUCUCCGUUUUUCUCUCUUUCUUGCCUCAUGUCUUUUACUGCUCAUGCUAAGCGCCCUGGUUCGCGGCGUUACUUUUUAUUCCGCUUCUCUUGGAAGUUUCUGUUGUUGAGCGUGUGGAAACACCUGAAAAGGCUUUGACACUAGUGGGUUUUAGAGGCAGCAGAGAACAACACACCAUUUACACUGACUUAGUUAAGAUCCGUGGGGUGUGACACAGGAAGUAGAUAUCCAAGAUGCAAUGGCCAUGUGUUGUUUCAAUGCAGCGGCCAGACCCCACGGUUUACCCUUUUUUCUGUUUUAAAGCAAUACCCUGCAGUUUGUUUAUUAAUCGUAAUCGCUUGUUAAAGAUAGUGGAGGAAAGGGUUUAUGAAUGUGGCAAAGCCAUUGUCUCCGCAGUGAAGAACUGCCACCAAAAACCAAAGUCAUUCUCCCGACUCUUGUCAGUAGAAACAGCCCCGUAAAUGUAAAUGUUAGCCUCGGCGUCACGUUUCAAGCUUUACCGCCAAUUUCUCUGCCAGUAGUUUCUAAGAGUUUUUUUUCUCCUUCAAGUGCUGACAAUAUUCAAUAUUUCCCCGUCAUUGUCAUCAGAGGCAGAGGGAGAAUCUAAGGCAGAGUGCGGGUCCUCCGUGUUUCCACUGCUGGCAGUGCCUAAACCCCCUUUAAUCCUGCACUUCCUCAAAAGCUAACAGGAAGCCCCACCUUCUUCCUAUCGGGAACACAUGUCUUUUGAGCAAAAUACAAAUGGUUGAUAAAGUUCCAGCCCUCCCAAGGCUGCGUACACUGACGCUGCAGUUUACACUUCAAGAGAGAAAACGUGGAGUAAAGUUUUUUUUUCUUUUUUUUUUCUUGUUGUAAACAUUGAAGAACAUUAAAAGUCAGUGGAUCAGAUGAACUAACACCCUCUCCCCAGUACUAAAGGAUAUUUGUUCAACCAGACUAUGGUUUAAUAUGAAGGUGUUAUAGUAAAGAUUUGUACCGUUAGAAGAGUUGGGGAUUAUGUCACGUAUGAAGUUUUUCUUUUUUUUUUUGCUUUUCACCAUGCUGUUUUCAAUCAGUCUUUAAUCUUUUUCACAUUUUUUUUCUUACCACUUGAUACAUUAAAAUAUACAUAUAUAUAUAUAUAUAAAUAUAUAUUCUAUUGAGCCUAUAAGGUGCUUCUUGUCAUGGAGAUAUGAUUUUAUGUAUAGAAGUAUUUGCAAAAUGGUGUCACUCGAAGAAGAGCAAAGAUCCUGUUUGAUUUAUUAAACAAUGAUUUGUACUCAU